CUUGGCUCCGCUAUCGGACUGGAGCGCGUCUUUAUGCGCUUGCGCUCUUUGGGGAAAGGACCCGCGGGACUCCCUUCCCUUUCUCCUUCAUCCUUGUCUCCGCCCCAGCCUCCGCUGUGCGUGUGGCGACAACGGGACGUCGGAGGCGGUGCCCGCGCCGGGGACGGGCGGCGCCGCCGCAGUUGCCCCUGGUAACGGGGGAGUCUGGAGUAGGAGGAGGAGGAGGAAGGAGUCUGCGGGAGGAUGGGUUUACUCUCAAUCCUGAGGAAAUUGAAGAGUGCACCAGACCAGGAGGUAAGAAUUCUACUCCUGGGCUUGGAUAAUGCUGGCAAAACUACACUCCUGAAGCAGCUUGCAUCUGAAGACAUCAGUCACAUUACACCUACACAGGGCUUUAACAUCAAAAGUGUACAAUCACAAGGUUUUAAACUGAAUGUAUGGGACAUUGGUGGACAGAGGAAAAUCAGGCCAUACUGGAGGAAUUAUUUUGAAAAUACUGAUGUACUUAUAUAUGUUAUCGACAGUGCAGACAGAAAACGGUUUGAAGAGACGGGUCAGGAACUAGCUGAAUUACUGGAUGAAGAAAAGCUAAGUGGCGUCCCUGUGCUCAUCUUUGCUAACAAGCAGGAUUUGCUCACCGCAGCCCCUGCCUCAGAGAUCGCAGAGGGACUGAACCUACACACGAUUCGGGAUAGGAUGUGGCAGAUCCAGUCUUGCUCAGCCCUUACAGCAGAAGGAGUACAGGACGGCAUGAACUGGGUCUGCAAAAACGUCAAUGCUAAGAAGAAAUAAAAUCUAGAUGAAUGGAAACACAGGAGCUGCGGGAGCUGAGUUCUGUCCUGAAAACACUCAUUUGCUGCUUUCUGACCAUCUGUGUACAGCUACAGCUGUUUAAAGAGAGGGAACAGCACAGUCUAAAAAAGAAUCCCCAUUCCAGUAGUAGGUUUAACUGAUCUCUGAGGUUCAGUAUCAUUUUUCAAAUAAAGGAAUUACAUUAUUUCCUCUGCAUAAUUGAAAUAGUAUUAAAUGUCUCAAAGCACAUGAUUAGAAAAUGAGAUCUUUUAAAUGAACAAGAGAUUGCAGAGCAGUUUAGACCAUUCCAGUGGGCUUUAAAAAAGAGAAGAAAAAAAGCUUAUGCCGAGUUCAUUUAUUCACUGACCUGUUCCCUGGAUUCCCCUAGCGGUUUGGAAACCACAUAGAACAUUCUCUGGUGUUGGUCAGAUUUUUCCCAUCACCAAUUGAGCUGGUGCUGCAUUCUGCCUGUGUUGAAGCUGGGGGGAGGAGUAGCAGAUGAUUAAACCAUCUUGUCAUGCAGGUAGGAGAAUGUGCAUGUAAUCCUCCCCCUUUGGGCAUGGAAAAAAAAAAAAAAAACACCCUUUAUUGAAAA